AUGAUGAGAGAAUGGUCGAGCACCGGCGGCGUGUGGUGCGAUCGAAUACCUGAAGAGGACAGCGACUACGAGACAGACAGCCGCCGCUCUGGCUCGGUGCUGACGAGCUCGGCCUUUUCGCGGUGUAGCACAUCAUCGCCAAACGUCCAGAUGAGCGGCUUGUCUUUUCAGUUACAGUCGGGUCUGAACCGGAAGACGGUUACGGUUGAUGGCCAAGAAAUUUCACUUCGAGACCUGCGCAAUGAGGCAUUUCGGUUUCUCGUCGAAUCGAACCCAAACGAUUCGCCUGGGGAAUCAUUGCAAGAGCAGUUGCUGCUCUACAAGCACGAUUUGCGCUCGAUCAACAUCCUUCAGCUGGUGACUUCUUCGGCAGAUGUGCAGGAGGGGACUUUGGUGGAGGUCGUUUUGGGAUCUUGCCCACACUAUGAGCGACUUGUCGUCCACCCCCACACUCUCUACGUGCACUCCUACAAGUCACCGACGUUCUGCGACUUUUGCGGGGAGCUGCUCUUUGGGCUUGUCAAGCAGGGCCUGAAAUGUCAAGGAUGUGGUCUGAACUACCACAAGCGUUGCGCUUCAAAAAUCCCGAACAACUGCAAUGGGUCAAGGCAACGGCGGCCGUCGGCAAUUCCGUUGUCACCGUCGAAUUCACAUGGAUUUAGACCGUCCAUCGGCGGCGGUUCAUCAACAGCAGAAGCCCCAGAUUCCACUCGACCACCAGCCCUCACCCCAGAUAUCUAUGUCACAACCGAUCAUGAUUGUGGAGAUGCAAUUGGAGGGAAUUUUCUGCAAAUGCCGCGAAAAGAUCGAAGUUGUUCCUGGUCCGGGCGACCAUUGUGGAUGGAAGUGGCUGAGGCGACACGGGUAAAGGUUCCUCACACUUUCCAAGUGCACAGCUACAAAAAGCCGACAGUAUGCCAAUUUUGUAAAAAGUUGCUACGCGGCCUAAUCCGCCAAGGCAUCCAAUGCAGAGAUUGCAAAUACAAUUGCCAUAAAAAAUGCUCGGAGCAAGUACCGCGCGACUGUCCGGGACCCACAUCAAAUGCCCAGCCAUUCUUCCUCGGCGCGUCUGAUGAUCACUCGAACUUUGGCGGCAGCAUGGAGAGUCUUCGUAUGAAUUCUGUGCCCUUCGACACUGAUCAGUCAUCGGGUACUCACGACGAGUCGGCGGACGAGGGAUCUGGGUUGUUGAGGCAUAAGAAGGCUACAAAUACACCCUCCGCACCGCUGGCCGGCCAAAAUGAGACGGGCACUACGAUUACGUUCAAUAACGGCGCCGCUAGUCCCGAAGCCGACGAUGCCGCGCUCAAUGAGAGUCAGAAUAUCCCCCUGAUGCGUAUCGUCAUGUCGAAGAAGCAAACGAAGCGAAAGAGCAACAAAGUGAUCAAGGAGGGCUGGAUGGUCCAUUACACCAAUCAGCACAGCAUGAGGAAGAAGCAUUACUGGAGGCUGGAUACGAAGUCAAUUAUGAUGUAUCAGGACGAGACAAGCACACGCUAUUACAAGGAAAUCCCGCUGAACGAGGUGCUGGAGCUGAAAGAAGUGGAGCACGAGGGUCUCUCCCGAAAAGGCACCCAUUUCUGCGAGAUCCGCACUCAGGGCUGCACUUAUUUCGUUGGUAUGUUAAUUUGGGGAUGCAUGACGAAA